AAUUGCAAAGGGAGAGGGCAAAGCUAGCCAUGAGAUCAGCCAUAGCUGAAUCUCAAGGUGUUUCUAUUGACCUUGAAGAGGAAGAAGAAGCACUUGAAGGCAUAGUGGGCUCUCGGCGUGGCCCACGUAUCCGCAAACCCACCAUCAGCUUGCCCAUUGCUUCUGCUUCCUCUAGUAGAGUACCUGGCACUGUUCCACUUCCAUCACAAUGAUCAGGGUCGAUAGGUGAUUAUUUUGUGCCCAGAAACACACCUGGAGCACAACCAUCAUUAGAGGCUAGCGGAUGGAAUAAGGAGGUACAUGAGAAAACUGACAUUGCAAUUGCUGAUUUUUGGUACUUCAACAAUAUUGCAUUCAAUGUGGCGGAGAAUGCUUAUUGGCUGAAUUUGGUCACUACUAUGACAGUUUCAGGAAAGGGGUACAAGGCCCCUUCUCGCAGGGAUUUGAGUGGGAGGUUGCUCACAAAUGCAGUUGCUAGGGCAAGAGAAGUGAUGGAGGAUCAAAAAAUUGAUUGGGCAAAUUAUGGUUGCACCAUUCUUUCUGAUGGGUGGACAGAUGGCAAGAACCGCACCAUCAUCAAUUUUUUGGUCGCUUGCAAGGACAAUGUAGUGUUCUUGAAAUCUGUUCAUGCCUCCAACAAGGUGAAAAAUGCAGAAACAUUGGCCGGAAUGUUGGAGCAUGUCAUCAUGGAGGUGGGGGUAGAGAAUGUGGUGCAAAUCAUCACAGAUAAUGCAGCAGCAUAUGUGUCACUAGGUAGAAUCCUUUUGAAUUAUCACCUUUAGGCAUUAGCAAUAUUCUCAUUUGUUGUGGGCUUUGUUUUACUUGGUUGCAUAUUUCUUAAGAAUAAAUUCUUCUUUUGCAAGAAGAAUCCUCCAAGAGAGGCACCCCACUCUUUUUUGGACACCUUGUGCAGCACAUGUCCUUGACCUUCUUUUGGAGGACAUAGGAAAACUUGAGUGGGUGACUCCAGUUGUGGGAAGAUGCAAGGAGGAUCACCAAAUAUAUCUACAAUCACCCUUGGGUCCUAAAUUUGAUGAGACAACACACGCAAGGGAAAGAUUUGGUGAGAGCUGGUGUCACAAGGUUUGCAACGAUUUUCUUGACGUUGCAAAGCAUUUUUGCUGCAUUGACUUCUUUGAAACAAAUGUUUUUGAGUGGAGAAUGGCUUAACUCACCUUAUUCAAAGAAGCCUAAAGGAGAGGUUGUCGUAUGCAUAGUCUUCGACAACCAAUUUGCACAAAGGGCUGUAGAGAUUGUGAAGGUUGUUACUUCAAAACUUUAAUUUUUAAAUUUUAGUUAUUCUUGAUUCAAGUCUCUCAUUACUAAUUUGUAACUUCAUUAUUUAAAUUUUGAUCUUUUUGUAAUUUGUAUUUUUCAAUUGUAGGUGUCAGAGCCCUUGGUUCAAGUUCUUCGCUUGGUGGAUGGGGAUAAAACCCCAAUGGGAUAUCUUUAUGAGGCCAUGGAUAGGGCCAAGGAGUCUAUCAAAAAUUACUACAAGGGGGAUAGGCUCAAAUUUGAUCCCGUUUGGGAAAUUGUUGAUAGGAGGUGGAACAAUCAGCUCCACCAACCCAUUCAUGCAGCAGGGUAUUUCCUCAACCCUUGUUUUAGGUUCGGGGGUUCUUACUCAAAUUCGAAUGCAGAAGUCAUGGAGGGCCUCAAUACAUGCAUUGAGAGGAUGGUACUGUUGACGUGUAUUUUGUACACUAUCAAACACAGAAUAAAAUACCCAAGGGUACCUUAUCUUCUCUUGAGUAAAGCCUCUAAUUGCUGUAGAUAUCACGGAAAAGGAUCAAUCAAGAUGACUCCAAGGUUCUUCGUUGUAGGAUCUCUAUGUGUGGAUAAGCUCUUUGUGGUAUGAUAUGAUUUGCUGGAAUCACAAGGGGACUUACAUUUGAUGAUUGAACGUUUGAUUUGCUUUGAAUAUUGCUGGAACACAGGCUCCUACUAGCUUUGAUUUACAAAAAAGGAAAAAAGAUGAGGGCGAGGAAAGGAUCUAAUCCUAACACUAAGAAUGUAAGAGCAAUGAAUGAUCUUUGAUGAAAUUCUAACUAAGUCUUGUUUUGACAUCACAGGAACAUCUCCACAAGGUUAGUGCGAUCUUCGAAGGAAAGCUUUAUGAUGUUCAAAUCAUCACUGCAGGCAUAGACACCAUCAGGUUGAUGCAUAUCAAUGAAGAAGCGAUAAUUGAAGUUAGGCUUAAGCUGAACGAUUCCAGUUGACUACGCAAGGCAAGUCUACAAUCAACAAACUGCUAGUAGUAUGGAUAUACGAAUUCCACCAUCAAUCAAGCACAUUUCUUCCACUCAUCUAAUAACAUGAAAUCAAAUACGAGAAGUAUAGAGACCAUGCAAAUUGUCGAAUCGACCCAUAAAUUCCACCAUUUCUUCAAUGAAGUUACAAGUCUUUUACAACAACAUCUUGGCAACAAUCUUUGCCUUCUCUCUCUACUCUACUCUAAUUGCUAUUCUAUCAACUAGCUAAUCACCUUCUAACUACUCUCUAUCUGUCUUCUAACUGCUUCCAACUAUUCCUUUUACAAAAUGAAGAGUCGGGGCUUAUAUAGUGCCCACAAUACAAUUCGAUGGCUAAGAUCAAUUUGAGAUGAAUGGCCAAGAUUCAAUAAUGAAAACCCUAAUUAGGG